AUGAACAAUUUCAAAGUAACUAAUUUAAAAUCUCCGGAAAAGGAUAAUGACGCUGUUCACAAGAAAUAUUUACGGGAUCAAAUAAAUUCAAUUGAAGUAAAUAAAAACCAUUUAGAAGAUAAAAUAAGUAAUGUGAAAAGAUUCUUCAAACGUCAACUAAAUAAUAAAAAUUUUGUUAAUGAUACUAAACUACAACAAGAGGUAGCAGGUUUAAUAAGUUUUAUUCAAAAAGAAUUGGUCAACGUAGUGAAUAAAACUGAGUUACAAAAUUUAACUUCAUUAAUAUCUAAAUUAGAGGAUAAGAUUGCAAAACAAAAAUUAGACAUUCAACAAUUAAUAGAUAACAUUCCAGAUGAAAAUGAAGAUACGUUUCAACAGGAAUUAAAUGAUCUGGAAACUAAACUUAACAAAUAUAUUUACCCCCAUGCCAUGUUUCAUGGUAAUCAUCCAUCAGCUUUUACUUUCCGAGGAAAAAUUAUAAUUGAAAUUAUUUUUCCUAUACAGGUAAAAGUUGAUUCAAUAUUCUUCAGACAAAACUCUAUAUCUAUUAAUCAAUUUAACGCUCGUAAAGUUCUUCAGUUUAUCAAUGGUAGAGACAAUGUAGAAACUAAAGAAUUUGAAAUUAACGACGAAAACAACAAGGUUAAUCACUUAUAUGAAAUUAAAACGAGUGGAAAAUAUAUAGAUAGGUUUAGAAUGUUAAUCAUACCAGAUAAUGAAGAUGAUUAUCUUUCAUUGAGUGAAUUUAAUAUGUUAUUGGAAACGGAAACUCCACCAUCAAUGAGGAUUAUUAGAAAUCCAGAACCAGAAAAAAAAGAUGUAAGCGAUUAUGAGUUUUUACGAGCAACAGACUUUGAAUACGUAAAACUAUAUUUUGUUGAUAAUGGUAUAUUUACCUCAAUUGAUAUUCAUAAAAGUCAACAAAAUAUAGUUUUUAUUAUACCAACAAUAAGAGAUCAUGAGCUAUAUGUUUAUAUAACAGUUUCUAUUGAAAAACCAAAAUUUUCAGUUCAUCUGAAUAAGAUUAAUGAUUCGAAAGAACAAAUAUCGUUAGUAUCUCUAGAAGUUACUAUUGAUAAAAGUAAAGACGUAGCAGAUUUUGGUUUAUCAGAAAUUCAUUUAAUUUAA